UGUCGAAACAGCCGAAUUUCCUUUUCUUUUCUUCUUGCAUCAUUUGCACGUGGACGUCGAGUAGCCCGAGUUUGGAGGGCGAGUGAACGCGAAGCUUUGUAAAAUAGUGCAGUUGUAAUUUUUAUAUUUGGAUAAGUGUUUGUAACGAAAUUCUGUGACAAUUUACCAAAAUGCUUUCCGCUGCGAGACUUCUUUCCCGAGGAUGUACCGGUGUCACUUCCGACAUCGCCAGGAGACGACAUUUCAGCACCAUCCUAAAAAAUGGCAUUGCUCCGAUGGUCGCUUUACCUCAAAGAAAUGCCGAACUUAAUCAGUACCGAUACAAAUCUGAAGGAGUGAAGGGGGCUGUUAUCGGAAUAGAUCUGGGAACUACAUUUUCGUGUGUCGCUUGUAUGGAAAGCAAGCAUCCAAAAGUUAUCGAAAAUGCCGAAGGAUCAAGAACAACCCCGUCUUAUGUUGCUUUUACCAAAGAUGGAGAACGAUUGGUUGGUAUGCCAGCAAAACGUCAGGCGGUAACAAAUUCGGCAAAUACUUUCUACGCGACGAAGCGUCUCAUUGGUCGUAAAUUUGAAGAUGCAGAAGUAAAGAAGGAAAUGAAAACGGUUUCCUAUAAAAUUGUAAAGGCAUCGAACGGAGAUGCCUGGGUUCAAGGAGGAGACGGAAAAGUGUAUUCCCCUAGUCAAAUCGGUGCAUUUGUUCUGAUGAAGAUGAGAGAAACUGCCGAAGGUUACCUAAACACCCCCGUGAAAAAUGCAGUCGUCACCGUGCCCGCUUACUUCAACGACUCUCAGAGACAAGCGACGAAAGAUGCUGGACAAAUUGCUGGUCUCAAUGUUCUCAGAGUCAUCAACGAACCCACUGCCGCUGCCCUCGCUUAUGGAAUGGAUAAAACUGACGACAAAAUCAUCGCGGUCUACGACUUGGGAGGUGGUACCUUCGAUAUUUCCAUCCUGGAAAUUCAAAAGGGAGUUUUCGAAGUCAAGUCCACAAAUGGAGACACAUUUUUGGGCGGAGAAGAUUUCGACAAUGCUUUAGUUAAUUACCUAGUAUCUGAAUUCAAGAAAGACCAAGGCAUCGACGUAACGAAGGAUGCGAUGGCGAUGCAACGUCUGAAGGAAGCUUCAGAAAAGGCAAAGAUUGAGCUCUCAAGUUCAUUGCAAACCGAUAUUAAUUUGCCUUAUCUCACGAUGGAUGCAAGUGGCCCGAAACAUUUAAAUCUCAAACUUUCACGAAGCAAAUUCGAAAGUCUGGUCGGUGAUUUGAUUAAGCGGACAAUUCAGCCCUGCCAAAAGGCUCUUUCGGACGCGGAAGUCAACAAAUCAGACAUCGGAGAUGUUCUUUUGGUUGGUGGCAUGACUCGAGUUCCCAAAGUCCAGCAAACGGUUCAAGAGCUCUUUGGAAGACAGCCGUCGAAAGCGGUUAAUCCGGAUGAGGCUGUUGCCGUCGGUGCUGCUAUUCAAGGUGGUGUCCUCGCUGGAGAUGUCACGGAUGUUCUGCUUCUUGAUGUCACGCCUCUUUCUCUCGGUAUUGAAACUUUGGGAGGAGUUUUCACUAGACUGAUUACUCGUAACACUACUAUACCCACGAAAAAGAGUCAAGUAUUCUCAACGGCUGCUGACGGACAAACUCAAGUCGAAAUUAAAGUUCACCAAGGAGAACGAGAAAUGGCUACCGACAACAAACUCCUCGGACAAUUCAGUCUUGUUGGAAUUCCUCCCGCACCGAGAGGAGUUCCACAAGUCGAAGUUACUUUCGACAUUGACGCUAACGGAAUUGUUCACGUUUCUGCCAGAGACAAGGGAACUGGAAAAGAACAACAGAUUGUGAUUCAAUCGAGCGGUGGUCUGAGCAAAGACGAAAUCGAGAACAUGGUGAAAAAAGCCGAACAGUAUGCCCAGGAAGACAAGGUGAAGAAGGAAAGAGUAGAGGCUGUGAAUCAGGCGGAGGGUAUUGUCCAUGAUACUGAGUCUAAGAUGGAAGAGUUCAAAUCACAAUUGCCACAGGAAGAGUGCGACAAGUUGAAAGAACUGGUUGCAAAAUUGAGAGAAACUUUAACUAAGAAGGACGAAACCGAUCCCGAAGAUAUUAAGAAGCAAACGAACGAACUUCAACAAGCAAGUCUCAAAUUGUUCGAGAUGGCCUACAAAAAGAUGGCAGCAGAGCGCGAAGGACAAAAUCAAAGUCAAAGUUCGCAGCAGGAAGCCGAGGGCGAAACUAAGGAGAAGAAGGAAGAGAAGAAUUAAGGCGCAGUCUUGCUAUUUAUUAAGGCAAACCUUCACAUCAGCGUAGCUGCAUUUUUUUUUGCAUUUGCCACCGAGUGGACGAAUUCAAUCAAUAAUUUGAAGGCUAGUAUUAACUAAAAUAGUAUUCAAAAUUUUUAAAGUGCGCGUUUAACUCGUGGGUGCAAAGUUACAAACGAGAAUUGAAUUUGUGAUGGUCGCAAAUUUCUGAGACUUAGACUUUUUACACUCAGAUUUUAUUUAUGCGACUACACCGAAUCGUGGGUGUGAAUGCAUGAAAGAGAAAAUCAUUUCAAAGGAGAGUCUGAAGUGUGCGUGGUAGAAAUAUCGAAAUGAUGACUUGUAAAUAAAUUACUGUUAGUGUUACUCCGGUGACGACGAUAUUUUUUAUUUGACGCAUAAUACGCCAGUCGUAUUUUUGUUCAAUAAAACGUUUAACAUUUUUUUCAUUUCUCA